AUGAACAGGAUUGGUAUGACGCGGAUCAAGAAAGCAGACCUUGAUGCUAUUCCCAAAAAGUUGAUUGAUCGCCUCGUUGAUAACCUGGUGGAGUACGGGGCCAAUAUGGCAAAACACAACAACAAGAGCCGCAUACUGGGUAUGUCCGUCAACCCAUUUGCCACCAAGUUCUUGAUACCGGAGAUACUUGCUCUCUCCACGGAUGUUGAAGAGGUAGACGGGGAGUUGCGGGGACUUGCGUGCAAUGUUGAUACUCUCGCCAAGCGAUACUUGAAUGAACAGGAAGCCCCACAAGAAGAAGGGGUUGAUCGGGUGGCUGCCACCAUUGACGCGUGGUUCGGUCAAGACUUCAAGCUGGUGGCAAUCUUGAUGAAUCAGAAGAGACACGUCCCGCUCCCAAUUAUCAGCACGAUUGGUACGAACAAGAUAGAAUGGGUGGAGAAUGUGGAGCUGGUGGCCAAGCAUUUUGACUUGCUGGAGUGGUGGGAGACACAUGGGAAGAGUGCUUACCCUCUUAUCUAUCCCGUAGCAAUCUGUAUUCUUGCGGUCCCAGAGAGCAAUGGGCACCAAGAGCGGACUUUCAGUGCCGCUACAUGGAUGGAUGGGAUUCUCAAGCAGCUCCAGCAUGACAUUACUUUCCAAAUGAAGGUCCUGACCUAUAAGAAUUCCAAGUUCAUGGACGAACACCGCUUCCACUUGCAGAAGGAUCAGCUGGAAAAAGCCAAACGUCGGACUACAGACCUGUUGGAGAGAAUUGCUAAGAAGAAACCCGAAGAAGAGAUUUCCCCAGCCUUUCAGGAUAUGCUGGAGUUGGGAGUGUUGGAGGCCAUAAAGGCGUUGGAGGAGGCCCGCCAGGAUGAUUAG